AUGUCUUCAUCGGGCAAUGCCUACGCUGCUGAACCAGCCUAUCCAAUUCUGGCUCAUACACUACUAUCCAGUCAUUCCACGGCCUCUAGGGUAUCAGAGCAGCCCGAUGAGCCAGAUCAAUCAGCCAUCUGGAAUCUAAGAAGGGACAUCGAAGAGGCAUUCGAAGGCCCAUCCAGCGUCUUCCGCUGUGGUAAAAUAAUCGGGUUUUCGAAACUGAAGAAGACAGCUCAAGAAGGCGAUGACCAUGAUCUCCUCGGCCAGCUCCCCCGCUACCUCCUCGCAAAGCAUCUACGCAACACAACACCCUCACCACAACCAAAAGCCUUCAUAAUCCACCCACCAACCUUCGACCCAUUCUCCCCAAAACAACUCCUGGCUUCUCUCCUCGCUUCACCUGCAACACCACCCCUCUCCCGCAACGAAGCAAUAGCCCUGCUAGACCACGUCCAGCUCCUCCCCGUCUUCGACUUCCGCGCCGCAGUGCAAGCCAUCAGCCAAGUCGCCGACGCCUUGCAAUCAGCUCCAGAGUCUACUGGGGAGGGCGGGCGCCCACGCACUCUCUUCCUCAUCGCAGGCCUCGACACACUAACCGAGGACAUCAUCCGCGCCUCGAAUCCCGUGAAGGGAGCUGCGGCGCUGACCGCCGCGCUGCGAACGCUGACGCAGCUUUCAAGGGUGCAUGGCUCGCAUCUUGUUGUGAUGCUGGUUAAUACGCGCGGCCUGGGACCCGCGCCUGGCUUUCGCCCUGGUAGUGGGGUUGAAAGGCAGCAAGUUUCGCGAGGCGACUUGCGGCCGCCGGUGGAUGACGAGGGUGUCUACUCCAUGUUUCAUGCGGGGACACCGCUGUUGCCGAGUUUGUUGAUGAGGACGUUGGAUCAGGGCAUUGACACGCAUGUUCUGCUUUCGAUGGUGAAGGAGGACCGCGUUGUGGAGGUGAUCAAGGAUCGAGUGGGAGAGGGGGUGGGGAAGUGGUGCAUUUGGGACGAAAAGUCCAUGAAUGGUUGA